AUGCACGAUUAUGUCGUAGUCAAUGAUGGCGACAUGCAAGAAUUUAUUCUCCCUGAGGAGCCCGUGGAUGUAAAGGGAUCACACAAACGGCAUCAGAGAGUCAUCUCAACCACAUCCCCCACACACGCCAUGUCUCCUCAUGAGUUCUCCCCAAUAUCCUCUACAGCUAGUUCUGCGGCAUCAUUUGAGUUUCUGUCCCCGCUCUCCACGACUCAACAAUUUCCUCCUGGCGUGACUUCAUUCUGUCCCGCCACGCACCCCGCCGAGUCUUUUACAGAAGACUAUCGUCUUCAGAUCCCUCUUCACCAAAACCCUUACCUUACCGUUCUCGAAAAGAUCUCCCCCUGA